AUGCCUCGGGACUUCCGAGCAUGGCGUGAACAUCGGAAGGAGAAGUCUGCGGAAGGCGUUGGAAACUGGAGGGCACCGAAGAAAUGGGCGAGGGCAGAAAAGGCUGAGGACUGGCGAAAGAAGGAAUUGGAGCGGUUAAACUGCACAAAGUACCACUACUUGAAAUUCGUGGAGAGACAAAAGGUGGAGCGACGAAUGAAGACAUGCAAGAAGCAACUGUCCGUGGCUCUAGAGAAAGGGCAAGAGGAGGAAGCUGAGACUCUGCGCCGGACGCUGCGACAGCACUUGGCAGAUCAUGAGUACAUUCGGCACUAUCCCAAGCACUUGCCUUACAACGCCCUUUUCCCUGCCACUGAUUCGGAAGCAUCCCAGAAGCGACGGGAGGAGAUCCGCAAGAUGAUCCGCGAGCAGCUGGAGAAAGAAGGCGUUCCUUCGGCCCUGCCAGAUGUGCUCGCGGACGAGGCGACUCCCGCGACUCCCAAAGCGAAGUCGUCCGACCAAGGUGCAAAGAAAGUCGCCACCUCGACUGAGCUGGUCGAGGAGAAGCCAAAGAAAGGUAAAAAGAGAAAGAAUGCCGAUGUUCAGCAGGUCAAGGUGGAAGAAGCGGAACCUUCGGCUCCGAAGGCAUCCAAGAAGCGGAAGUCGGCGCAAGAAGACGAAGGUCUGAAAGGACAGACCGCAGAACUUCCUCCUACUGUCAAAAAAAGCAAGGUGCCCAAAAAGAAGGUGAAGUUGCCGGAGUUGCCGGCAGCGGAAGGACUGCAGCCCAAGGAAGAAAUUCCCAGCGUUAGCAAAAAAAGUAAGGCAACCAAGAAAAAGGGCCGAGUGCUCAAAGAAGAAUGA